AUGAUCUCCCCAAAUCUGAGAUUGUAUUUUCUUCUUUUUCUUUCUUUCUUUUUGUCUAAGUUUAUUUUCAUCUAUCUAUCUAUCUAUCUAUCUAUCUAUCUAUCUAUCUAUCUAUCUAUCUAUCUAUCUAUCUAUCUAGUUCUGUUAAUAUCCAUCUAUCUCCUGUUAAUAUCUGUCUAUCUAUCUAUGGACAGAAUAUGCACUCCAAUAUCUUUCUGCUUCAUUUCAAUUUCUUUCUUUUCUUUUUUUUUUUCUUUUGUUCGCCACUACAUUUUCUUUUCUUCUUUUUCUUCUCAAGUAUUUCAUCUUUUUCUAUUGUUUCUCUUUCAUUUUCUUCUCGCCUUUUUCUUCUUUUCUUCUUUUUACCUUUUUAUUCUUACCACAUGGUUUUCAUCAUCGUCUUUUCUAUCACCUUUCUAUUUCUUCAAUUUCAUAUUCUUUCUUCUUUUAUUUUUCUUCUUCUGUCUUUCUUUUCAUUCUUUCUUUUUCGUUCUUUCGUUUGUCUUCUUUCUUUAUUUAUUUUCUUCUUUCUCUUUCUUCCUUAUUUCUUUCUUUUUCUCCUUUCUUUACUUUCUUUUUCUUUUUCUGUCUUCUUGUGCUUUGCUUCUUUUUCUUUGUUUGUUUGUUUCUUUCUUUUUAUUUUCCUUUUCUUUUUUCCUUUUCUCUUUUUCUCUUCUCUUACUUUCUUUCUUUUUUCUUUCUUUCGUUUUCUUCAUUGUUUGUCGUGUUCUCUUCAUUUUUUCUCUACUUUUUAUCCUCUCUUACUUUCUUUUUCUUCUUUGUUUCUUUGUCGUUGCUGUUUCCUUUUUACCUCCUCUUUUUCUAUUCACCUUCCUUAUCUUUUUAUUCACCUUCCUCAAACCUCUUCGCUCUCUUUUCUUCCACGUCUUUCUACUUUUUCUUCUUUUCUCGUAUUUCCUCUUGUCUUCUACUUUUUCUUCUUUUCUCGUAUUUCCUCUUGUCUUCUACUUUUUCUUCUUUUCUCGUAUUUCCUCUUGUCUUCUACUUUUUCUUCUUUUCUCGUAUUUCCUCUUGUCUUCUACUUUUUCUUCUUUUCUCGUAUUUCCUCUUGUCUUCUACUUUUUCUUCUUCCUUUUUUUGUUGUUUUUACGGCCUUCGAUUUCUUCUUACAUUCUUUAUCAUCUUCUUAACUUUUUCUUCUUUUUACUUUUUUAUUCUUUCUACGUUAUUCUCUUUCUUCUUAUCGUCAUUUUCUACUUCUUACUUUUAACUUCUUUGUCGUCUUCUUUCUCCUUUCUUUUUCUUCUUCUUGCCUUAUUAUUUUUCUUCUUUUUACCUUCUUUUUCUCCUUCCAGUCUUUCCUUUUUGAUUCUUCUUAACUUCUUUUUCUUCUUCUUUCUACCUUCUUUUGAUUUUUCUCCCUAUCGUCGUUUUCGUCGGCUUAACUUCUUUUUCUUUUUGUUUUCCUUUCUUUUUCUUUUACUUCUUAACGUCUUUUCCUUCUCAUUCAUUUUAACUUCUUUUUACUUUCUUUUUCUUUUUUCUCCUUUUCGUCUUUAUUUUUCUUCUUCUUAA